CGUGAUGUGAUUGUGGCUAAGCUUCCAGUCCAGUGUUGUUAUUCGUCAAAGCUCUCUUUGAGUCUCUCAGUCCUCGUCCUAUCACCAUAAUUCACCCAGAAAGUUCCAACACGCUAUCUCCAGAUGGAUAAAACCGUGGACGCGCAGUUUUUGCGGGUAGAGAAGGCCUUGGCUACUCUCGUUGCUUCCAUCUCGACAUACAAUCCCAAUCCCGUCUUGGCCCACGAUCUCGUUGCUGCCGAUCAAGAACUGAGCCAUGGCUUGGCCGACUUAGCAACACAUCAAGCCAACUAUGCACGCAUCCAAUCCCUCAAGAAUACCUCUUCCGACCUUGACGCGCAGAUAAAGGGAUCCCUCCAGCUCCUUUCAUCCACGCGCUCUGAGCUGCUCUCCACCCCCGCAACGACGUUCCCAAGCACCACAACCUCGGUCUCCUACACCGAUCUUCUCUCGUACGCGCGUAGGAUCAGCAAGUUCACGCUCCCACCUACAUACCGUGAGGCACAGCCAACUCCCGAACCCGAAGGCACUGGCACCCAGACAAACGGUACCGUCACACCCACUGCCCCAUCGAAUGGCGCUGUCGUGAAUGUCGCAGAACUGCCAGUCACGCCCAUUCAAGCCGACACCGAUAAAACCUCUUUACCGCCCCAAAUUGCAGAAUGGCUGAAUCCUCAUAAUUCUGCGCCGGGCUUCGUUCCGUGGCCCACCGAAGAGACGAUUCGUCGAGGUGCGCUAGCGAGCAUACAGGUUCUCAUUGACCAGGGUGAAGACCCGGCAACGUUUGAUCCAGAACGCAGUGCAGAGCUGGAGGCGUCACGGAAGAGAUUGGAGGAGGAGGCCGAGCGAGCGAAGGAGGAGCAGCAGGAAGCAGAGAGAGCAAGGCAAGAGCAGCGUAUGCGGGAGGAACACGCACGGAGGGAGGCCAUGGGUGCAGCUGGCCAGAGGGUGGAGGAGAAGCCAAAGGUUUUUACUGGAUUGGAUCUGUUGGAUGAUAUGGAUGACGAUGAUGAAUAGAGGUUUAUAUAGGAGCGCAAACUCGUUGGGUGG